AUGGCCGAAACCCAGGGCCCGACGGUCGUUGGGAUUUCAAUCGCAUUCGCGGUGAUUACCAUCUUUGUCAUUAUCUUGCGGUUGUUCGCUCGAAUCUAUGUCCUGAAGAAGAUGGGCGUGGACGACUAUCUCAUUAUCUUCGCAUGCUGCUUUUCGUGGGCGUUUUCCAUUGUCACAGCCAUUGCUGUCAAACACGGUCUUGGUAGUCAUAUCGAGGACGUUCCCACGUCAGACAUGAUUCCAUAUGCAUUCAACGUGUGGCUGAGCUCCAUGUUCUAUGUGGCCUGUCUCGGCUUCGUCAAAACCUCCGUCUGCUGGUUCUACACCCGCCUCGGGGAUAAAUACCUGACACGCAUGUCCUUCAUCAUGUUUGCCAUCGUCGCCUGCCAGGCCACGGCCAAUGUCCUCACAGCAGCAUUCCAGUGCCGGCCCAUUCCCGCAGCCUGGGACACCUCCAUCACGGACAGUUCCUGCGUCAACAUCAACGUCUUCUACCUCGCCAACGCAGCACUCAACAUCCUCACCGACCUCCUAACAUACACACUUCCCAUCCGGGUUAUCUUCAAACUGCAAAUGCCGCGCAAGCAGAAAGUCGCCCUCGUCCUCAUCCUCUCCCUCGGUCUCUUCGCCUGCGUCUCCUCCAUAAUCCGUAUAACCUAUAUCCCAGAAAUGCUCUCCUCGACCGACGCAACCUGGGCCAUCAGCGGCGCGAUGUACUGGUCCGCAAUCGAAAUCAAUAUUGGCAUCCUCGCGGCCUCCAUCCCGUCCUUCAAGGCCAUCGCCUCGCGCUUCCUCCCGCGUAUUAUCGGCGAGUAUGCCUCCUCCAAUAAGCUGUACGGGGCAUACGGGCAGCGCUCAGGGACUGGGUUCUCGAAGGUUCGGGAUCAGAGCCACGCUCGCUCGGGGACUGGGAUGCAGCCGCUCCGCAGUCAGGACCGGGAGCGGGAGCGUGAGAGGGGUGGGAUUGUUGGCACGGAUAUCCAUAGUCGGUUUGAUCGGACGAGUGAAGAGAGGAUCCUGGUUCCUGAUGGGAAGAUCUAUGCGCAUACCGAGAUUGAGGUGCGGCAGGAUUAG